AUGAACUUUGUGUACGCCUUCUUCAUCCCGCUCGCCGUGCUCAUCGUCUACAACCUGAUCGCGCGGUCGCCGGCCGCCAAGCACGAAGUCACCUACCUCUCCUUCUUCAUCGCCGUCGCACUGACGCUGUUCCUGACGGACGUCAUCAAGAACGCCGUGGGCCGGCCACGGCCUGACCUCCUGGAUCGGUGCCGCCCCAAGCCGGGAACCAAGGCCCACACGCUUGUCACCGUCGAUGUGUGCACCGCUGCUGACGGACACAAGCUGCAGGACGGUUGGCGAUCGUUCCCUUCUGGCCAUUCGUCCUUUUCCUUUGCCGGCCUCGGCUUCGUGAGCCUGUACUUUGCCGGCCAGUUUCAGAUAUUCAGGACCGCCACGGGCGGCCGCGACCUCAGCCGUGCCCUCUUCUGCCUGGCGCCGCUUGUAGGGGCGGCCCUUAUUGCUAUUUCUAGAUGCGAGGAUUACCGCCACGAUGUCUACGACGUCUGCGUCGGGUCGGCACUAGGCUUUACUGUCGCGUACUGGAGCUACCGCAGGCAUUGGCCUCCGCUGACCAGUCCUCUAUGCUCGCAGCCAUAUCCGCCGCCUGGCACUGAUAAUCAAACUUGGCAACGAAUACGUGAUGAAGAGGCUGGGUCCGAGGACGCGGGCUUUGAAAUGGGCCAACUGAGGGGCAAUGGCAGGAACUGA